UAAAUACAAGACACUAGUCAUGUUUCAAAAUACCACAAAAUCAGAGGAGUUCGGGUUUCAAAGGGAAGUGAAUUGAGCGAGCAGAGUGCGAGAGACGUAACAAAUUCAUAAAGAGAUACACAAUUUCAGCUAAAAUAAACCAGAGCUGUCUUCUUCGUUCUUCAUCCUUCUUAAUCAGCUCUUUCCGACAACCUGCAAAAGAUUUUCCAGCGAUGACAACGAAGGAUCGGAUCACACAUAGACAAGAAGAUUCUUGUUGAUCGCAAGACGGGCUACGUGCUGAUUCAAGUUACUAAGGACUCCAAGUUUCAAAAGGGUUUCAGCCUAUUUUAUUGGAAUGGCUUGGGAUGAUCUUCUACAUGAACUACUCUCCAUCAUCUUCCAAAAAUUAAUCACAAACAAACAAAACGUUCCUGAUCUUUACCAAUGUCUUGGUGUCUGCACUUCAUGGCGUCACUUGGCUAAAGAAUUCCUCACAACUCUUGCACCAGCUCCAUGGUUAUUGCUUGAACAAAAAAUCCGUCCCCAGAGUAUAACUUUUAGCACUAUUACUUGCAAGAUUCCUAUUAACGCUGAUAGGUCUGCCAGGAAGACCACACUUUCGUUUAGCCUUUUCGAUCAUGCGAAGGCUUAUGCUUCCUACGAUGGAUGGUUGCUUGUAGGGUAUGAUGAUAAGGUUUUUCAUAGCUCAACUGCCUUUCUUUACAACCCUUUGUCAGCAAUUAUUCUUCAGCUUCCACCCUUUGCGGAGCAUUUGAGGCUCGAUGAACACAGUACUAUCAAAUUUGUGAUGUCUGAAGGUUGUCCUACCGAUCCUAGGUGUGUUCUUUGUGUUAAGUUUAAAGUUGGAGAUGGUCUUGCACUUGCCUUUUGUAAGCCGGCUCCUAGUAGUGAUGAUAACAUUUUAAAGGGUAAGAGGUGCUUAUUGUCGUCGGCUUCUGCUUAUUGGGCCGUGUUGGAGAAAGACUCAUCUGAAAUUGAAGACAUGAUCUUCUACUGUGGGAAAUUCUACACUAUUGAUAGGUAUGCUGCUUUGUCUGUACACAAUUAUGAUGCUAAUGCCAAUGGAUUCACGAGUGAAACUGUUAUAGUUGAUUGGUUUAACGUAUUUAAUUAUAAUCAGACCAGAAGAGUUAGUGGUCGUAGUAGUUAUCAGAAUGUUGCAAAUAGGAGAGUUGGAAGUCGUAGUAAUUACAGAAAUUGUAAUUCUCUGGUGAAAUCUAAAAGGGGAGACUUGUUGAUGAUUAAGAGGGUAUUCAGUAAUAAUUUUUCAAGAGUUACGGAAUCUUGCAGCAUCUAUAAGUUGAAUAUGAGCAACAUAGAUUACUACUACUGGAGUGAGGUAAAUAAUCUUGAAGAUAAAGAAGCACUAUUCUUGGGCUGGCAUGACUGCAUCUCUGUUUCAAUUUCUGAUGGCUACCCUGGAUUUAAGCAGAAUCACAUUUAUUUCUUUGACAACUAUUCACCUGCUGGUAAAGUCAUUAGAUAUGGUGUGUAUGACUUGAAGACUCGUACUUUCCUAUAUUAUUCUGAUGAUAACGGUAUGGAUCGUGAUGCUGAAGGAUACAAGUGUUGCCGUUUGUUUGCUCCAUCUGCAUUAUCAUAGAUUGUGUCAGUAUAGAUUUCAGAAUAUUUCAACUUUACAGAUUCUGUUUAUUGAUUGCAUGUUCUUUAUUAGUGUGGUAAGCCAACUUUAAUGCAUUAGCUAGACGAGUUUUCUUGAGCUCUAUUGGGUCAACAUUAAGUGGCAGGGUCAAGAUUUAUAGUUAUCCAGGCUGAACUAGUAUCAAAAUUCAUGCCUGCGUCAAGUUUCUCUAUUACUUGUUUUUGAAGUUCCA